UUACGGCAGCGCGGCGGCGUUGCUUUACGGCAACAGGCCGCGGGAUCCGCCGGGAUGAAGCAAAAAAGGAAAAAUGGAAAAGGGGAGCUCAGCCAGGCCGAGCUGAUGGUGAUGACCAUUGCUGACAUCAUAAAGCAGCUGCUGGAGGCUCACGAGCAGGGCAGAGAUGUGGACAUCAACAAGCUGAAGACCAAAACCUCAGCCAGGUACGGGCUGGCGGCGCAGCCCCGGCUCGUCGACAUCAUCGCCGCCGUCCCCCCGCAGUUCAGGAAAGUUCUGCUCCCCAAACUCAAGGCCAAGCCCAUCAGGACAGCCAGUGGGAUCGCCGUGGUGGCCGUGAUGUGCAAACCCCACCGGUGCCCCCACAUCAACUUCACAGGCAACAUCUGUGUGUACUGCCCAGGGGGUCCUGACUCUGAUUUUGAAUAUUCCACCCAGUCCUACACAGGAUAUGAGCCAACAUCCAUGAGGGCCAUCCGGGCUCGGUAUGAUCCCUACCUGCAGACCAGGCACAGAGUGGAGCAGCUGAAGCAGCUGGGCCACAGUGUGGACAAAGUGGAAUUUAUUGUGAUGGGAGGGACAUUCAUGGCUUUACCUGAAGAUUACAGAGAUUAUUUCAUCAGGAACCUCCACGAUGCCCUGUCAGGUCACACUUCCAACAACGUGGCAGAGGCUGUCAGGUACUCUGAGAGGAGCCAGACCAGGUGCGUGGGGAUCACCAUCGAGACGCGGCCGGACUUCUGCCUGCGGCAGCACCUCAGCUCCAUGCUGGGCUACGGCUGCACGCGCCUGGAGAUCGGCGUGCAGAGCGUCUACGAGGACGUGGCCAGGGACACCAACAGCUCAGCCUCGCUGGUGGCCGCAGGUGACCCCUGGAGGGACGGCGGUGACGUGUCCGACAGCGGCAGCAGCACCACCAGCGGCCACUGGAGCAGCGCUGGCAGCGCCACCGCGUCACCCCCUCACCGUGGUGACAUCAGUGUCACCCCAUCCCCCCCUCACCACGGUGACAUCAGUGUCACCCCAUCCCCCCCUCACCACGGUGGCAGUGUCACCUCAUCCCCUCCUCACUGUGGUGACAUCGGUGUCACCCCAUCCCCCCCUCACCACGGUGACAUCGGUGUCACCUCAUCCCCCCCUCACCACGGUGACAUCAGUGUCACCCCAUCCCCCCCUCACCACGGUGACAUCGGUGUCACCUCAUCCCCCCCUCACUGUGGUGACAUCGGUGUCACCCCAUCCCCCCCUCACCACGGUGACAUCGGUGUCACCGCGUCCCCCCCUCACCACGGUGGCAGUGCCACCCCGUCCCCUCUGACCGACGACGGCUUCGACACCGACCCCGAGCCGUCCCCGCCGGAGGAGCCGGCGCCGCGCCGGAGGAAGAACUCGGCCAAGCUGCUGUUCAAGUGCCUCUGGCCCGGCUGUGGCAAAGUCCUGCGCUCCGGCGUCGGCAUCAAGCGCCACGUGCGCACCCAGCACCUGGGGGACGGCUCCCCCUGGGAGCAGCGGGAGCGUGAGGAGGAUUUUUACUACACCGAGGUUCAGGCGCGGGAGGAGCCGCCGGCCGAGCUGCCACCCCCGGCUGCCACCAGCGUCACCGGUGUCACCUCUGUCACCUCUGUCACCUCUGUCACCGCCCCCAUCGUCAUCCAGCCCGGCCCCUGCCAGCCCGGCCUGAGCCACUCGGCCCCCGGCGCCUUCUGGCACAUCCAGGCCGACCACGCCUACCAGGCGCUGCCCUCCAUCCAGAUCCCAGUGUCCCCUCACAUCUUCACCAGCAUCAGCUGGGCCGCUGCCACCUCCACCCUGCCACCCUUGUCACCGUCCCUGUCACCGUCCCUGUCACCGGCGCGGAGCCGCUCCCUCAGCCUCGGCGAGCCCCCGGCGCCGCCAUUGCUCAAACCGCAGCUGCUCGUGGCCUCCCCGCCCCGCGCCCCCCUCAGCAGCAGAAAAAUCCGUGGUGAAGCCAAGAAAUGCCGCAAGGUUUACGGCAUCGAGCACCGGGACCAGUGGUGCACGGCGUGCCGCUGGAAAAAAGCCUGCCAGCGAUUCCUGGACUGAACCCCCUCCCUCCUCCCCUCUCUUCCCGCCUGGAAUUCCCUCUGGGAUCCAGGAAUUCCCUCUGGAAUCUGAGAAUUCCCUCUGGAAUCCAAGAAUUAUCUCUGAAAUCCAAGAAUUCCCCUUUGGAAUCCAAGAAUUCCCUCAAAUCCUGGAAUUCCCUUCUGAAAUCCAGGAAUUAUCUCUGGAAUCCAGGAAUUCCCUCCAAAAUCCGGGAAUUCCCUCUAGAAUCCAAGAAUUCCCUCUUGAAUCCAGAAAUUCCUUCUGAAAUCUGGGAAUUGCCUCUUGAAUCCAAGAAUUCCCUCUGGAAUCCGAGAAUUCCCUCUGGAAUCCAGGAAUUCCUUCUGAAAUCUGGGAAUUCCCUCUGGAAUCCGAGAAUUCCCCUCUGGAAUCCAAGAAUUCCCUCUGGAAUCCAAGAGUUCCCUCCUGAAUCCAGGAAUUCUCCUCUGGAAUCCAGGAAUUCCCUCCAAAAUCCAGGAAUUCCCUCAAAUCCGAGAAUUCCCUCUGGAAUCCGAGAAUUCCCUCUGGAAUCCAGGAAUUCCUUCUGAAAUCUGGGAAUUGCCUCUUGAAUCCGGGAAUUCUCCUCUGGAAUCCAACAAUUCCCUCUGGAAUCCAAGAAUUCCCUCAAAUCUGGAAAUUUCUCUUUGGAAUCCAGGAAUUCUCCUCUGGAAUCCAAGAAUUCCCUCUGGAAUCCAGGAAUUCCUUCUGAAAUCUGGGAAUUGCCUCUUGAAUCCAGGAAUUCUCCUCUGGAAUCCGAGAAUUCUCUCUGAAAUCCAGAAAUACCCUCUGGAAUCCGAGAAGUCCCUCAAAUCUGAGAAUUCCCUCUGGAAUCUGGGAAUUCCCUGUUGAAUACAGGAAUUCUCCUCUGGAAUCAGGGAAUUCCCUCUGGAAUCCAGGAAUUCUCCUCUGGAAUCCAGGAAUUCCCUCCAAAAUCUGGGAAUUCCCUCAUUGCUGCAACCAAGGGACCGUGGGGGUCCCUCCCAGAGCUGUGGAAAUCCUUCUGGAAAAUCCAGAAAUUCCCUUUCCUGCUUUUUUCCCCCCAUUUUUACAACCUGAAGUGGAAUUCCCUUCAAGAUUGGGAAAAGAAAAAAAAAUUUGGAAAAAUCCUCGGGGUUUUUGGGGACUAAAGAUUUUUUUUUUUCCCCCUGAAUUUCCCAAAUCUGUUGGAAAAUUCCCCGAAAUUGAGGCUGGGUUGGAGUUUUGUCUUUACCUAAAAAAGUGCAAAUCCCUCAAAUCCUUGAAGAAAAAAGUGGGAAACAAUCAAUGCUUUAAAAAAAGGAAAUAUUGAGAUAUCCCAGAAAAAGGAAUUUUUUUUGGGAUGUGACUUGUCCCUUGGGACAAAAAUUCCCCCAAAAAAAUUAAAAUCAGGAAAAAGGAAAAUGUUGAAGGAAUUCCCAAAUUCCUUCAAAACCAGGCUGAGGAAUUUUGAGUUUUAAUAAAAAAAGUGAGAAUUUUCCUUUUUGUAAUUAAUCCAGUUUGGAAUCAUGGAAUAUUUUGGGUUGGAAAUUACCUUAAAAGUCUUGAAUUCCAACUUUUUUUGUGUGCUGGGAAUAUUUAUGGAAUAUAUUUAUGCAAUCCCAGCCUGAUUUUAGGGAUUUUAAAGCAUCAGAAUUCCUAAAAAAAUUAAAAAAAGGGGAAUCAAAUAAUUGGGAGAAUCCAAAAUUAGGAAUCUCAGCCAGGUUGUGGAAUUUUUCUGUGGAAUUCCCAAGUUUGAAAUAUUUGGAAAAUCAGGGAUUGAAACAGAGAAGAAUUGGGGAGGAAACCAAAAAACUGUGAAUUUUUUUGUUUUCCUCAGACCUUGUGUCUUCUAUCCCUGUGCUUUGGAGAUUUUAUUCCAUGUUUUUCGUGGCCCACAUGGAUCUGGGUACGGCUCAGCUCUGGCUCCCUUUUUUCUCUUUUUUUCUCUCUUUUUUCCCUCCUUUUUUUCUCAUUCCCCCCUUUUUCCUUCCCUUUUCCCCUUUUUCCUUUUAUUUCCCAUUUCCUCCUUUUCUCCCCUUCCCCCCCUCUUUUCCCCUCCCUUUUUUCCAUCCCUUUUUCCUCCUCCUUUUCCUCAUUUUCCCUCAUUUUUCUCCUCCUCUUUCUUCCUUUUUCUUUUUCCCCCUCCUUUUCUCCUCCUUUCCCCCCUAUUUUUCUCCUCCUUUUUUCCUUUCCAUCCCUUUUUUUCUUCCUCCUUUUUCUCCUCCUUUUUCCUCCUCCUUCCUUUUUCCCCCCUUUUUCCCCCUCAUUUUUUCCUCCUUUUCUCCUCCUUUUCGUCCCUUUUUUGUUCCUCCUCCGUUUUUUCACCUCCCUUUUCCUUUUCCUCUUCCCCUUUUCCUUUCCUUUUUCUCCUCCCUUUUUCUCCUCCCUUUUUCCUUUUCCUUUUCCUUUUCCUUUUCCUUUUCCUUUUCCUUUUCCUUUUCUUUUCCUUUUCCUUUUCCUUUCCCCCCUUCCCCUCCUUUUUUCCCCUCAUUUUCCUCCUUUUUCCUCCUUUUCCUCCCAUUUUCUUUCUCAUUUUUUCUCCUCUUUUUUCCUUUUCCUUUUUUCCUUUUCCUUUUCCUUUUCCUUUUCCUUUUCCUUUUCCUUUUCCUUUUCCUUUUCCUUUUCCCUCCUUGUCCUUUCCAUCUUUUCCCACCCUUUUCUCCCCUUUUUUUCCCUCAUUUUCCUCCUUUUCUCCUCCUUUUCCUCCCAUUUUCUUCUUCAUUUCCCCCCCAUUUUUCCUUUCCCCCCUUUUUUCCCCUCAUUUCCCCUUCCAGCAGCCCUGAGCCUUUCCUUACCUGCCAGAGAUUCCCUGAAAUCCCAAACUUUAAUCCCAAAAUUUCAUCCCAAAUUUUUUCCCAAUACAAAUUUCACCAGACAAAACCCAAACCUCGCACUUUUUUCCUUUUUUUUUUUUGCAUUUUUAAAACUAGAACCUCUGUGGGGGGAGGGGUCAUUUAUGAAAAUUUUCCUUUCCUUCUGGGAAUAUCUUGGAAUUUUCACACUUUAAACCCAAAAUCUUCAUAUUUUCCAGCAGCUUCUUGGCUGGAACUGGAGAAAUAUUUUGAAUUUUUUACCCUCAAUUCCCAAUGAUUCCCAAGGAAUUCUCCCGCCCUUUCCGACCUUUUCUUCUCAGUCUUCCAAAUAUUAUUUUUAUUGUUAAAAAACAAAACAAAAAAAAAGAAAAUAAAGUUUAAAAAAAUGUCAUUUUUACAGCGGCCAGAGGAAAUAAUGGAAUAUAUUUUCUAAGGAAAUAAAAGGAAAUUUGUCUGA